UGAAGGCAUACCAUACGAUCUCCAUCGACAUCCUUGCGAUCGAGUGCAAACAUUGAUCAUGGCCGCCCCCAGUAGCACCCCAUUUCCCAUAGGAUGUGUCGCCAGCAACACCACUAUCCAGUCCAUUUGCUGCUCCGAGCUAGGAAGCAACAUUACGACUGCCAACGGCACGACUGGGUGUCCCUUCAACAGUGUCUUUCAGCAGUGUGGAGCGGACGGAUCUAACGCUGGUGAUGACAGCUGGGUUCAGUGCAACGUGAAGUAUGAUGUCAACAAAACGUCGAUUUCCGCAUGCAAGAACUGCGUAGACAAUUCGGAGAACGGAGCAGGAGGCAGAGGACUGCCUUGGCAGUUGCUGUUGCUGAGCCUGGCUUCGAUCGGAGCACAUGCAGUAAUUGGCCUAUGAGAAGAGUGGUCAGAGAGGGGGGCAAGGGGGCUGAGACACUAGACACUGGAAUAGUUCUUCCGUCUAGAAGAAAAGAAAGAGAGCUGCACUGCUGGUAUGAAACGACAGUCAAGGAAGUCUGUUGUGACGUUGUGAAGACCGUGAUGUAUGCCGAGAUUGCAUUUAGGCUAGCUCCGGUACCG